AGCACAGGCCACAGGGGAUGAAUGUAGCAAAUUAAGCUAAGAGAAAAAGACAGGUAGAGAGAGAACAACAAACACUUUUUUUUUUUCUUCAAUAACCAUGCAUCCAUUACCGUUCCCAUUUCCCUUCAUAACCAUGCUUUUGCUGAACAAUACAAUAAUACACGUAUUUCUCAGUAUAUAUAUAUAUAUGUGAUAGAGAUUUAUAUAUUGAGAAUUUGUUGAGUGGAUGUGAGAAAGAGAAGUUGAGAGAGUGAAAGAGAGAGAGAGAGAGAAAGAUGGGAAGAGGAAGAGUGGAGUUGAAGAGAAUUGAGAACAAGAUCAACAGGCAAGUGACCUUUGCAAAACGAAGGAACGGGCUUUUGAAGAAAGCUUAUGAGCUUUCCGUUCUUUGUGAUGCCGAGCUUGCUCUCAUCAUCUUCUCCACUAGAGGAAAGUUGUACGAGUUUUGCAGCACUUCAAGCAUGCUGAAAACACUAGAGAGGUAUCAGAAAUGUAACUAUGGAGCGCCCGAGGCCAAUGCGUCAACAAAGGAAGCCUUGGUAUUGGAGUUAAGCAGUCAACAAGAGUAUUUGAAGCUGAAAGCACGCUAUGAAGCUCUACAACGUUUUCAAAGGAACCUUAUGGGAGAAGAUCUUGGCCCUCUAAGCAGCAAUGAGCUUGAAUCACUUGAAAGGCAGCUAGAUUCGUCUUUGAAGCAAAUCAGAUCAACAAGGACCCAAUUCAUGCUGGAUCAGCUUUCUGAUAGUCAGCGCAAGGAACACUUGCUAGGUGAGGCAAACACAGCUCUCAGACAAAGGUUGGAAGAGUAUCAAAUAAAUCAAUUUCAACUGAAUCCCAGUGGUGAAGAUAUGGGGUAUGACCGUCAUCCAGGUCAGCACCAAGGCGAUGCUCUCUUUCAACCAUUGGAGUGUGAGCCAACAUUACAAAUGGGAUAUCGACCUGAUCCAGUAUCAGUGAUAACUGGAGGCCAGAGCAUGAACAAUUUCAUGGGAGGAUGGUUACCAUGAAAGAGUUUGAACUGUGAAAUCAAAUUUUAUUUGAAAGGAAAAAUUGGAAAUCUGUGAUAGUAUAUGUAAUGGACUCUACCUUGUAGGAACAACAUAAGCAGUGAUUUUGUGUGUGAGCUUUCAUAAACACCACAUAACUAUUUAGCUACCUCCUUGUUUGGAUAACCCUUUCUUCCCUUUAUUAUUAAUAAAACCAUUGUUUGCACCCUUUCAAUUCA